GAUAGCAACAGGUGAGUUAGUAUCCUUAUCAGAGCAGGAGCUGGUGGAAUGUGAUAAGUCUUAUAACCAGGGAUGCAAUGGUGGUCUUAUGGACUAUGCCUUCCAAUUCAUCAUCAACAAUGGUGGAAUUGAUACUGAGAAAGAUUACCCUUACAGAGGUCGUGAUGGCAGAUGUGAUCAGAAUAGAAAAAAUGCUCGGGUUGUUUCCAUCGAUGGUUAUGAAGAUGUUCCGACAAAUGAUGAGAAGUCAUUGAAGAAGGCUGUGGCAAAUCAACCUGUUAGUGUCGCCAUUGAAGCUGGGGGCAGAGCUUUUCAACAUUACCAGUCGGGUGUUUUCACUGGACUGUGUGGAACGGACCUAGACCAUGGAGUUGUUGCUGUUGGGUACGGUACCAAAGAUGGGGUAGAUUAUUGGAUUGUGAGGAACUCGUGGGGUCCCAACUGGGGAGAGAACGGGUACAUCAGAUUGGAGCGAAAUGUGGCCAAUACAUCUACUGGGAAAUGUGGGAUUGCAAUAGAGCCCUCAUACCCUACCAAGAGCGGUCAGAAUCCUCCUAACCCCGGUCCAUCUCCUCCAUCUCCAGCAAAGCCUUCCACGGUUUGUGAUGACUACUACACUUGCCCUGAGGGAACCACUUGCUGCUGUGUAUACGAGUAUGGUAACUACUGCUUCGGUUGGGGAUGCUGCCCCCUUGAAUCUGCCACUUGCUGCGAUGAUCACUCAAGCUGCUGCCCCCAUGACUAUCCCAUCUGUGACCUUGAUGUUGGGACUUGCCUAAUGAGCAAGAACAACCCAAUGGGAGUAAAAGCGUUGAAGCAAAGUCCGGCUAGGUCAAACUGGGCUCGCCUGCAUUCCAGCAGGAAGAUCAGCAAUGCUUGA